GUGGGUUGAUGGUGUGGUUGCCAAAGGAUCAGCCGUCAGACUCGGAUGAGGGCGAGUCUCGAUUCGUUACGUGAAGCAGAUUGUUCGUUGCGGAGCGGAGGUGCGUCGGUGUUUAGCUACUGCUCUCAGUGUAUUGCUGACGGAAGACGCGCCGAUGCCGCCUCCUCUAGCAAGAUCAAUGCAGCAGCUGGAAGAGUGGCCUUCAAUCUGUAAUGCAGCCGCCUCUAACGAGCAACAAUCGCAUUGUCGUUACAAAGAAGACCGAGCGCAGGUGUCUUAG